AUGGCCGAGGCCGUGGCCGUGGUGGUGGUGGCGAUGCUGGGAAAGAUGGCACCGAGAAGCGUGACAAGAGUCACAUCAAAUGCUUCAAGUGCCACAGAGAUAUCAGUGUGUGCCAGGCUUAGGGGGGAGCAUGUUGGUGUAACCCUGCCAACACUGAUACUGAAGACAUUCAGAGAAGAUGGCAUAAGUGAGCAGAGCGGGAAGGCUUUGGAGGCCGCCGCGCUGGCCGCCCGCGUCGCGGCCGUCGACCUCAGCGAGCUCCUUACCGCAUACGCCAACUCCGUCGUGUCGUGCGCGGCGUUCGGCGACGACAGCGCGUGGGGGCUGUUCGACGACGGUGACUCCGGCCGUCGGCAGAGCAAGGUGUUCACCGACUUUCAGAAGCUCAUCGGGACGGUGCCGGUCGGGGAGCUUCUGCCAUGGCUGGGCUGGGUGGACGCCAUCACCGGGCUAGAGGGGAAGAUCAGGCAGACGUUCGAGGCGCUUGACCGCGCCGGGGGUGAGGGUGGCGGCGAUGGCCGGGACUUCGUGGACGUGUUGCUGGACUUCCACAAGAACGACAAAGAGCACGGCAUCCAACUGGAGACCAACGAAAUUAAGGACAUCAUCUUUGUAGUUGAUCGAUCUCUUUCGUGUAUCAUGGGCGGCGGCGGCGUCACUACUCACUCGGCAGGACAUGUUCGCGGGAGGCACGGAUACGACACCACGACGAUGGAAUGGGCCAUGGCGGAGCUCGUCACCCACCCGCGCGCCAUGCGCAGAGCGCAGGACGAGGUCCGCACGGCGACGGCCGGCUCAACCGGCGUCAACGAGGACCACGUCGCGCAGCUGGACUACCUCAAGGCCAUGUUGCUGCCGUUCGGCGCCGGCAGGAGGGUGUGCCUCGGGAUGGGGUUCGCGGAGGCAAGCGCCGAGAUGGCGCUGGCGAGCUUGCUGUAUCAUUUUGACUGGGAGGUGGACGGCGGCGGUGUGCUGGGAAGCCAGAACCGAGAAGGGACGCCGACGCCAUCGUUGGACAUGACCGAGAUGAAUGGGAUAGCCGUGCAUAUCAAGUCCGGUCUGCCGCUUCUAGCUAAGCCGUGGGUCCCUUAA